CGUGCAUGCGCACAGAACUCCCUUGAGGUUCCCGGACUCAUUCACUGACAGGUAUCAGCUGUUUCAGUAAACAAAGGAGUAUCAACCGAGAUGGACGUCAUAGAUCAAGCAGCACAAUCACCAUCACCAAAUCUAUCACCACCGGAGGAUGAAGAAACCCAAGAGAAUUCGAAAAAUAAUUCUCUACGUGGAUCCACAAGAUCUCUCCGUUCCAUUUCUGAUUUCGAGGAUGGUGAAGAUAAUUGGUACUACUUACCUGAUCCAAUCUUGCUGAGUGUCUUUCAACUCCUGACCCCAAGAGAAGUUGUAACCGCCGGUGAAGUCUGUAAAUCGUGGAAUCGAGUCUCACAGGAUGAACUUCUGUGGAAGGAAUUGUUUUAUCGAACCUAUAAAAUCGAAACGAGUGUUGGGAUCAUGCCAGGUAAAACCUCGUGGCUUGGUGAAUUCAAAAGAUUAACCUAUCACACUCCGCUCUUGGAAACGGAAGUUCUGAGAGAGCAUUCACAUCAGGUUCUACAUGUGAGCUUCUCUCACAAUGGAAAAAUGUUUGCCACCUGCUCCAAGGACGGUUACGUCUUGGUAUGGGAUAGCACAUAUCCAGUGAAGAUCAAGUAUCAGCAUGAUAUGAAGUUAUUCAGUUGGAAAUAUACACAAUUCUCUCAAUUCAAUUCUUCUGAUACAUUAUUAUUAGUUUCUGGAGUUCAUUUUGGGACUCUGCACAGCACUUCUGGAGAAAUCGCUGUAUUCAGAUUGGCACAUGGCUUUGAUCUUCAAUGUCGGGUCGUUAAUAAGCCUUACGACAUAUUUGGCACUUGGUACAGUGAACGGCACUUAUUGAGCGGUGAUCUACAUUGGCUUGCCCACCUUGUUAGCUCCAGUGUACUUUGGCUUAACAAGGCUAACCAGGAAUCAGCCAGUGAACACGUACCCAUUAUGAAUCAACUCUACCGGUUCUACAAUUUUAACGCCGCAUCAAUUCGAGCUGUGAUGGUAGCGAAUUGUCUCUGCCCUGAGCCCACAGAAACCGAGCAACAGGAAAGCCAGCCGUCAACCUCCAACGAGAAAGAGGAACGGGGAAAUCCUCUGAGUCAUCGAGACAUAUCAGCCUCUUCCAGCAAUGCCCAAUCCGGUGAAGAGCCUGAAAUUCUCCACCACGCAUCUUCCAGACUGAUGUAUAGCACUUUAGAAGGUGGAUUUAUGAAUUGGAAACGUUUGGGGGAUGGUUUUGAGUAUGCGAGUCCAAUCAGAUACAAUCAAGAAUACAGACAAGUGGAAAUGGAGAGAGAAACGAUGGACAGUGAUAGUGAAAUUGAUAAUCAGCAGUGGGAGGAUGACGAAGAUGUGUCGACGUCUUCGGAGACAGCAGAAGAUUGUGACUCCGAUGAUUUGGAGGAUAAUCCAGAGAAAUUUCUCAUUUUUACCACUGGCUCGAAGACUUAUACACCCCAUCAGGUGGGAUUCAAGAGAAUGAAAGCUGUCAAUUUUCCAAGGAGACUUGAUCCUGGGCCUUCCCUCAGAGAACGUUUAGCCGAACGAGAAAGAGAACGAGAGAGACAAAAUUCUGGCUCCUCAAGGCCCGAGCCUAAUUGGCUGGAUUAUGACUCAGUGGCUGAAAAAUUUGAUAAGGUUGAUCACUUGAUCGAUUUACAUGGACAUAUCAUAGGCAUGGGAUUAUCACCAGAUCACAGGUAUCUCUAUGUUAACACAAGACCUUGGCCGAGAGGGUAUGUCAUCACGAAUCCUUUACAGCCUCCACCGAUUGCUCAAGAAAUAGAUAUUCACGUUAUUGAUCUUGUCACACUGAAACAAGUAGGCACAAUGCUGAGGGCGCACAAGGCUUACACACCUAAUAACGAGUGCUUCUUCAUUUUUCUGGAUGUUUGCGAUGAAUAUGUCGCCAGUGGAGCUGAGGAUAAACAUGGCUAUCUAUGGGAUAGACAUUAUGGCGUUUGUUUAGCUAAAUUCCCUCAUUCAGAUGUUGUUAAUGCUGUUGCAUUCAAUCCCAGGGAUCCAGAGAUGCUGGUAACUACGAGUGAUGAUUAUGAUGUUAAAGUCUGGCGAAGUCGAGCAACAGUAAAAAGUCUAGGACUCGAUGAAAAUGCAUUCCGACGAGGAAUGGAGUUUCAGAUGAAGUGUAAAUAAAAAGCCAGGAAUUUUUUAAAUAGAGGAAUCAGGUAUUUCGAGGCUCUUUAUUAUAC